UGUAAUUUAUUAAUUAAUCACACGGUAACCUUCUAGUUUUACCAUUACUCAGGUCAAGGAUAACCUGCUAAAACUAAGUUAGUGAAGGCUGCAUGGAACGCUUUUGUAUAAUAACUAUUCCCAAUAAUUUAAGUGAAUUGAAUUUAGUUUUUUGAGCUGUGCUGUGGUGAUGACAUUUUUUUCAAAAUUUAAUAGGCUAUUUCGAGCUAGAGCACAAAUAAUGUAUUCAUCUGCAAGUCGAUCAAAGACUCCAUCACAACACAAUCUAGUGUGGAUAGACAUGGAAAUGAGUGGACUAGACGUGGAUAAUGAUAAAAUCCUAGAAGUUGCUUGCAUAGUUACAAAUAAAAACCUGGAAUACUUGGAACCUGGGCUGAAUUUGGUCAUCCACGAACCAGAGUCGGUAUUGCAAUCAAUGAAUGAAUGGUGCAAGGUGAACCAUUCAAAAACUGGCCUUUUACAGGCGGUACGAGACUCGAGAAUUGGUUUGUCUGAUGCAGAGCAAACCAUUCUGGAUGUUGUAAAAAAACACUGUCCGGAAAAAGCAUGUCCGCUGGCCGGUAACUCUGUAUACAUGGAUAGAAUGUUUCUUAGUCGAUAUAUGCCCCGACUAAACGAGUUUCUACACUACCGCAUUGUAGAUGUUAGUUCGCUGAAGGAGCUUUGUAAACGUUGGAAUGGUGCUAUAUUUUCUCGUGUCCCCCCAAAAGAGUUACGGCAUCGUGCACUGGAAGACAUUGAAGAAAGCAUUAAGGAAUUGCAGUACUAUAGGCAAUACAUGUUUCAAGGAAACCAAACUUAGAGAUGUUUAGUGCAGGUUUAGAAUUUCACUCAUCCACCCAUUGUGUUCUAGAAUUUUUAGCAAGGAGUAAUAAAGAAUUUAAGAUUGUAUUUUAUUAAACUCA